AUGGAGGAGGUGACCCGUCUGGUGUCUACAGGAGACUGUGUGAAGAUCUGGGAUGUGGUCUCCAUGUCUCCUCUGGAUCAGUUCAACCCUCACAGCAGCAGCCACCCUCUAGCUCAGGCCUGCUGGAGCUCCAACAACCAGUACCUGGUCAGCGCCAGCAGCAGCGGAGACAAGCUGGUGGUGUCCAGCCUCAAGUCCUCAGCGGUCCCAGUGGUGGAGCUGGGCGACGGGAAACAACAAACCAGUGUGUGUCUGAGUUCCUCAUCUCAGUUUGUGGUCAGCGGAGGUCUGGAUCACGGCGUUCACAUCUGGGACCUGAAGACCAAGAGACUGCACCGCUCCCUCAAGGACCACAAAGAAGAGGUGACCUGCGUCUCCUUCAAUGCCAACGACAGCUACGUGGCCUCCGGGUCCACCAGCGGAGACCUGGUCCUCCACAGUCUGACCACCAACCUGUCCAGCAAAGCCUUCGGACACGGCAGCAACCAGCCCAUCCACGACCUGAGGCUGUCCGCUCUGAAGCGCUCUCUGCUGGGCAGCGUGUCUGACAGCGGCACCGUGGUCCUGUGGGACUCCAACACCCAGAAGGAGCUCCACGUGUUCGACGGGGCCCACAAGGCCCCCGGAUCCGGCCUCGCCUUCUCCCCCGCCAGUGAGCUGCUGGUGGUCAGCGUCGGCCUUGACAAGAAGAUCGUCUGCUACGACACGGCCAGCAAGAUCAUCCUGAGGUCGAUCCGGGUGGACAGUCCUCUGACCUCGGUGGACUUCACGCCGGAUGGCACUGGUCUCGUCGUGGGAUCCACUCAGGGGAAGAUCUACCAGUACGACCUGAGGAACUCCAGCGCCCCCACCAGGAUCACAGCGGCACACAAAACAUCCGUCACCUGUCUGCGCUUCCAGAGCAACACCAGUAAACUCAAGGUAUCACAGAGUAACACCAGUAAACACAAAGUAUCACAGACCAACACCAGUAAACACAAA